AUGGCCCCAAAUUACAAUCCUUCCUCUUCCUCCAUUUUCUUGAUUUUGUCUCUUCACUUCCUUUCAAUUCUAGCAACCGGAAACAUCCACAUCACCGAUAGAAAAGCUCUUGAAAUCAUCAUCGGCGGCGGUGAAAGCUCCGAUGACAAUUCUCCGGCGCCAGCUCCUCAGCCUGAAAACUGUCCUCCGCCGCCUCCACCUCCUUAUCUAACACCAUCACCGCCCCCACCGCGGCCACUUCCUCCUCCACCGCCACCACCAUUCUCGAGUCCACUAAUAGAGAAAGUUUAUCCAGUCAUCAAGAACUUCCAGAACCUAAUCGAAGACGAUCCAAACAAGAUACUCGAAACAUGGGUUGGCACCGACAUUUGCGCCGAGGACAAAUACAUAGGACUCGAAUGUGCCAAGUUCCCGGGAACGAACAACCUCGCAGUCGCGAGUAUCCAAUUCAACCAGUUUAACUUGGGCGGCAAGAAACUUCGGCUAGAUAACUUCCUCGACAAGUUAGAAGAAGUCACCAUCUUCCACGCAAACAGUAACAAUUUUGUUGGCUCUGUUCCUGAAGUCAGCAACUUGAAGUACCUCUUUGAGCUUGACCUCAGCAACAACAAGCUCUCUGGAGAGUUCCCGAGCUCUGUCUUGAAAGCAAAGAACCUCACGUUCCUCGACCUCAGAUUCAAUUCUUUAUCAGGCUCUGUGCCUCCUCAGGUUUUCAAUCUCGAUCUUGACGUCUUGUUCAUCAACAACAACAAUCUUGUUCAGCGACUUCCCGAGAAUCUCGGAUCCAUCACCGCUCUUUACCUCACAUUCGCUAACAACAGAUUCACUGGUCCUAUUCCCGGAAGCAUUGGUGACAUUAAGUCCUUACAAGAGGUUCUUUUCUUGAAUAACAAGUUAACCGGUUGCUUACCAUACCAAAUCGGGAAGCUAAACCGAGCUACCGUUUUCGAUGCGGAGUCUAAUCAGUUGACCGGUCCGAUUCCCUAUUCUUUCGGCUGCCUAGACAAAAUGGAACAGCUCAAUUUGGCUAGAAACAAGUUCUACGGUACUAUACCGGAGAUCGUCUGCGAGCUCUCAGCCCUCAGAAACCUUUCUCUCUCGUUCAACUACUUCACGCAGGUUGGUCCAAAAUGCCGAAAACUCAUCAAGAGGAAGGUUCUUGACGUGGGAAUGAAUUGUAUUCUAGAUCUUGAAAAUCAAAGAACGUCAUGGGAAUGCACCAAGUUUUUCUUGCGGAAACAGAAUUGUCCCAACUCCAAGUCUUUCUUUUAUGUCCCUUGUGGGAAAGAUCCGCACCGGAUUAAACCGGAUCAAGAAGAACUGGAUGGUCAGGCUUCGCCUCCGGUAUCUUACGGCGCUCUUAACCCGGACCGGAUUCGGAAUCUCUAG